GAGAAAUGUAUGGCGCCACUUGCCGGAUGAUAGUUUGAUAUCAUGAAAUGAUAAUAUUGCCGGUUUAUCCGAAUGAUGCCGCGCAAUAGUUGAUUUUGUAGAAAGUAAACUAAUCAUUUAUAUUUGUUUGUAAACAUAAACGUAAAAAGUUAAUCUAGUUUUAUAAGUUAAGAAUAAAAUAAGUAAAUAAUACUGAAUUUAAUUAUAUCAUGGCUGACGAGACGGAACAGGUGCCAGCAAUAAAUGUUAAAGAACCCUUAGAUCUUAUAAGAUUGAGUCUUGAUGAAAGAAUAUAUGUUAAAAUGAGAAAUGAGAGAGAGUUACGGGGGCGAUUGCAUGCUUACGACCAACAUUUGAAUAUGGUAUUGGGUGAAGCAGAAGAAACUGUAACUACAGUAGAAAUUGAUGAAGAAACAUACGAGGAAGUGUAUCGUACGACUAAAAGGAAUAUUUCUAUGCUUUUUGUUCGUGGUGAUGGUGUAAUUUUGGUUUCACCACCAAGCAUGAGAGCACCAAUAUAAAAUUUCUAUUUACAUUGAAUCUAUUU